UUUCCUUCUGUGUUACUCCAGGUUGUGCCAGCAAACGUUCAUUCAUUCCAAAUCUUAGUUUUUUAUCAGUUGGAUCUUGUUCAACUUCCUCAACUUCCUCUAAUUUACCCAAAUCCUGUAAAUCUUCGUUUGAAACUUCAAAAGGUUUCGGAAUUGGAGCUUCUUCCAUCUCAUCAUUGUCUUGUUCCAGUUUCUCUAGUUCUUCCAAACGGUUCAUCACAUCGUUGUGAUCUUGGUCACCAUUCAAUUUGUUCUUUUCUAUUAUCUUCUCGUUCUGUUCAUCAUUUUGAGACAUCUUUUUGUUUUUGCGAUUUUGAUAAAACAGUUUUUCCAUCUCUUCAUCGUAUUUCUCGACAAUUUCGAUAGGUCCUCCAUCAAUCGAAACAGAUGAGAAAUUAUCUUGAGCAAACUUUAUUUUGUCAUCCAACAUUCGAAUUGAAUCGAGACCUUCCUCACGCUGCCUUCUCAUUUCAGAAACUCUCCGAUCCAAGAUCUUUUCAGCUGUAUGAAUGCUGCAUUCUCCGUAAUAGUUUGCACCCAUUUCCAUCGUAACUUGAUUCGUGCGAACUACAUGGGCACCGCAGAAAUAACCGACUUCGCAAAUUUUCGCCUAAAAAUUAGAAUAAGAUUAUAUGAGAGAGAAUGUAAUUUACCAAAAUAGGAGCUUCCAACUUUUUCGAAUAUUCCUUUGCUCGUUCCAGAACUUUUUCAUAGUUAUCAGCAAUGAUUCUUCGACAUUCGGUCUCAACUUCGAGCCGAGCUUUAGCCUGAAAAAUUAAAUUCAUACAGACUUAAUUAUUUUUAUACUAUUUUAGGGAAACAAACUCGGAAUUUAAAAACGAAUUAUUUUUGUCUUGUCGUUCAUAAUCAUGUAAAAGGAUUUUUAAUUUACCGCAUUGCAUUCUGCAACGUAGAGUUCGCUCAUUUUUUCAGAUAGGUCUUCUUCACUCGUCACAGUCAUUUUCUGCAAAUCUUAGAGAGGUAAUUCGGAGCGGAAAAUGGGAAAAAAUGUUAAAAAGUAACAAUUUCCGAAAGCGCAAUUUAAAAAAGUACAAAAAAGUACAAACUUUUAUGGAGACACUACUGAUUUCUGGAAUCUGUUAAAUCUUAGAAAUGAACUCUUUCAGAAUUUCAAACUUCUUUUUUUAUAUGCGUAAAACUUAUCGCAUAUAUUUUAUGCAAUAUUGAAAGUAAGUAGAGUUUUAACCAUUAAAGUAACUGAAACCAGAGUUUUAUCGUAAAAAUGGUAAAAUAUUCGGGAGUGUUGGUUUCCCUGGAAAUGAGUCACGUAGAGUGUGAGUCCGCAAACACCAGCUGUGAAUUGCGUAGAAUACAUUUAAUAUCACGCUCAAAUAGUUUUGAAUUAAUUUAAUUUUUUAAAAACAUUUUUUAUUCUGUUUAUUUAGUUGAUUCAUUCAAAAUAUGGACAAUUUAGUGGAUAUUGAUGAAGAUGGAACACAAGAAAAGGUAUUUCGAUUGUUAAAAUCCAUCUAAAACAUUUUAAUUCAGCUUUCUGUGAAUUCAACUCCCUAUCAAACACAAGAAUGCGUUCUUUAUGGAUCUAUUUUCGCAAAAAAUGUCCCAGACUUGGAACGACGUUUAGCCGGCCUUUGUGAUCCGGGAUGUGAGGAAUUCUUCGAGCAUGAGAUGUCAUUCAGCCUACGAUCUUCGGGUAUAAUGGAUAUCAAAACCGAUAUUAAAUUGCGAAGAAGAUUCCGAACAGAACAUCGAAUUCAAAAUUAUUGGCAAUUAAAGUACAUUGGAGUUCCGGAACCAGAUCAAAAAUGCCCAACUAUUGUUCGAAAAGAAAUCAGUUCACUUGUCCAUUCUCAGGAUAUGAUGACGUAUGCGAAAUCCUUGGGUCUCCGCAUGGACUAUGAAUAUAUGACACAAGGAAAAUUGUGGACAAAAGGAAAUAUAAAGAUUCUGCACUCAAUAUUGACUAGUACUUCUCGCGCAGGAACAUAUGAUUCAAAUUCAAUCAAAUCUGUUUCUGAUUCUGCGUUAGUGGAAAUCAGUAUCUCAUUGCCCGAGUCUGCAGAAUACAUGCCGGCUGCCAAGUCUCUUCGUGAUUUUGCCGAUCAGCUGAUGCCACUUGUUAAUAUGGAAAAAGUCGAUUACUGGAAGAAAAUGUUCCCAGCUCAAGCAGCUCCUCGUCGUUAAUCUUCAUUAAUUGAUUGAUCUCACUUUGAUACGUUAUUUAAUUUAUAAAAUUCACGAAGUAUUCAAUAAUGUUAAUAUCCCACAAAGCUUCAAUGGUUUAUACCUUUUAUUUUCUGAUAUCAACAUUAAACAUUUUUUUACUCCAAUGAAAAUUUAGAAUGUCAU